AUGCUCGUCUCGACCCAGAUCCUGGGCAGCGAGGCUGCGCAGCGGCCCACGAGCCCCAGCACCAUGGCCAGGGCCGCAGGCCCAGACUACCGCGGAGCCGUGCAGGAUGCCUGGGACGGCGCUGGCCCGACACAGGGUGCUGCCAGCCAUCCGAGCAGUCCGCGCCGCGCCGCUGGGCACCGCGGCGACAUGCGGGCGCUGGCGCUGCGGGACACGGCGGGCAUCUUGCGGGAGGCCGAGGAGCUCGUGAGCCAGAAGGCGCCCGAGGACAAGUGCGCCCGUGUCGCCGCCCAGCUGUGCGCCAGGGCGUACGAUGUGGAGCCCCCCACAGUCCUCCGCAUGUGCCGCGCGCUGGGCACCGCGGCGCGCGGCGAGGGCGUGCGGACGGCCAGCGUGCGCCAGGAGCUGCUGCGAGCCGCCGACACGCUCCUGCAGUCCCUGACGAUGCGGUUGCGGGAGGUGCAGGGCGUCGCCCUGCUGGCGGAGGUUGUUGAGACCAUGGCGGAGGUCGAGGUGGGCACGCAGGUGUUCUUUGACAUGGUGAUGGCGCUGGUACUCGCGAAGCACCACUGCGAUUGCCAGGCGCUCUCUCUGCCCGUGGUCCUAAGGCUCGCCUCCGCCGUGGGGCGCGCGGCGGCAUCGCGGCUGAGGUUGAGGCCACGUGGCAACGGGGGCCCGGGUACCUCGACCAACAUGCGGGUCAUGGAGAUCAUCCAGCAGCGCAUUGCCAGCAAGAUCGACGAGUGCGGAGCGGAGGACAUCGCCCGGCUCGAUGACCACUUCCUCGCGCGCCUCUGCGGCGAGGCUGAACGACGCGCCAUUCUCGUCAGGGCGGCCGACCUGAAUGCUGGCUUCUGCGGGGACUCGAAGCGGUACCUCCCCGACCUCGUCCGCCUGCAGCAGUCCGUCCGCAGGGAGUGCCCAGAGGGCUUCUUGUGGUCGCUCCCGCGCCACGUGCGCGACUACCUGGAGCAGCUGCGGCUGCUCGGCCUCCAGGAGACCGCCCCUUGGGCGGCUGGUCUGGCCUGCUCACCGCGCUGGCAGGCCUGA